GAUGAAGCAAGCUGUUUCAUCGGCAUUUCAAUUGGAAACGCUCCAAGGCGACGAGCGACCUCGGUGUGGCUCCCUUUUCUCUUGAAACUCUCCCGUCAUGGAUCCCGCUGAAUACUGCCCAACAUAUGCACCUUUCUUUGGUUUUGCCGGUGUCUUUGCCGCAAUGGCUUUCAGCUCCUUAGGAGCAGCAUAUGGUACAUCAAAAGCUGGUAUCGGUAUCGCUGGUAUUGGUUCCUUCCGUCCUGAACUCGUCAUGAAGUCAUUGAUUCCCGUAGUCAUGAGUGGUAUUAUUGCUGUCUAUGGUCUUGUAGUGGCGGUUCUUCUCGCCGGUCAAAUGUCACCCACAUCGGGCUAUUCGCUUUACUCAGGAUUCAUUGCGCUUGGUGCCGGUUUAUCGGUCGGUGUUGGUGGUUUAGCUGCAGGAUAUGCUAUUGGUAUCGUUGGUGAUUAUUGCGUGCGUGGUUAUGCACGAGAGAAUCGAUUGUUUGUGACCAUGGUUCUGAUUCUUAUUUUCGCCGAAGUGCUCGGUCUUUACGGCCUGAUUGUGGCACUGAUUUUGAACGCAAAGGCUAACAAUGACAUUUGCGGCUGAUGGAUCAUGUAAAUACCGAUAAACAUGUGCCUUUUUCUGAUCUUGCUAUUAUGGAAUAAAAUCAGCCAAUAUAUCCCG